AUGGCGGCAGCAUCAUCGAACAACGGCAGCAUCACAACCACCACCACCACAAACAGCAACAACAACCACAUUGAAACAGAUGAGUUCAUCAAAAAGAGCCGGGUGACGCGUGCUGCACCGCCCAAACCGGCCUACGAUCCGCUGCAGUUCGUACAGAUUAAGCCGGCCAAACUGUACGAUCCGAACAAGGCAAAGCCGUCGACCGAGCGGAAGCUGGAGGUGAAGACGCAUCGGGAGGUGGAGGACGCCGAGGAAUGGCAGUGCAAUUUGGACAAUUGGAAGUCAUCGCGCAGGAAACGGGUGGAGCACAUUAUCGACAAGAUCACCGAGGCGAAGAAGAUCGAACAGGAGGAGGUAUGCCGGGGACGUAAAAAGUCGAAAACGUUUUCGGAAAUGUUGGAAAACAGUGGAUCGAAGAGACGCUUUAUUCUACCGGAGAACGAGGACGAUGACGAGGGUGGCAGCUUUAGUGAUGAUCUGCAGGAUCCCAGAGAUUCGACGAAACAUCAGUACAAGGACGAAUCGACGGACGAUCGUGGAACAGACGACACCAGCAGCUGCUGCUCUUCCAAGGUAACUGACGGAGAAUCAAAAACACCGGAUCCGGACGACACGCGAGAAGCUCCAGAAAUGAAUGAGUUUUCGCUCGCGAUCGAAAACUACAAGUCCAAAUUUCCGCAAAUGACCCAGAGCAGGGCGCCGGUGUUAAGCGGUAGCAUUAUGACGACGACCAACACGACGAGUUCGUCCGUAGUUAGCUCAAUUGAAAGCAAUAGUAACGAUAAUUAUGAAAGCAAUAGCGCUUGCGACGAUAGUGACGUGCAGCAACAGCAGCACCAUGUACAGGAGGCACCGUUGGAGUGCAUUACUCAGAAGCUUUCCACCCUGGAGGUGAAACGAGACGAAAGGCCCACCUUGGUGUCGGUGGAACCGUUAGAGAGUAGAAUGGCUAAAAUGGGCAACAGCGAGCAGCAGGAACAAAGUCAGGAAGCAAGUCCAAAGGUAAACGUGAUAGAGCGGCGAAGGUUGUUCGAACAGUUUCAACAAAUGGCCCACACGACGGUGGCGGCCGCCGACCAGCCAACCGCCCUAACGAAACCCCAGCACGUUGCGCCCACGCAACAGGAACGCUUGCUGGGCGAAGAUACAUCGUCCCCUAGCGAGGAACCCGGUUCGGCUGCCUCCUCCGAAUGGUUCGCUGCUGGCAGCAUCCGGGAGCGACGGGCUAUAUUUGAGCGGUAUCAAUCGAAUGAAAUGAUAGCGGAAGAACACGAGCAGCAGCACGUGGGCGGACGCAGUCGCAGCAGCAGCACGGUAGUAAAGAGUCGCUCGGAAUCCAACGUUGGCUUUAUUAAUGGCAGCACGGGACGGUUUGAGCUGGCCCUCAAUCAGCUGAAGCGAAAUGGUGGGCCCGAUUACUGCGAGGACAGCGGCAUCCAGUCGACGACGGAUCUGUCACGCAGCUCGGUCGUGUCACAGGCGGACGAAAAUGAUCCGUCGCUAUUACUGCUUCCGGAUGACGCACCAGGCAAGAGUCCCGUCCGUUCGACGACGCUCGAUUCGGCGAGUGAAUUUUCCGACACCGAUUGCAGCAAUGGACAGCUCCUCGACAAUGCCCUCGAUGUGGCGUUUGAAGAGAUGGACAGUGAACUGAACGAGUCGGGCACGGUGGAAUCAUCAGCUUCUGUCCCACAGGAUGCAGAAAUAGUGCCGCUAAGCGUGGUCCCAUUAGCGUCCGAUUAUGUCCCCACGAAUGAGGUACUGAGCAACGAAGAGAUCGUACUGAUGGCUCUGCCGAAAUCAGCACUAACCCCACCAAAAGAAAAGCCUCCACCACCGCCCGUUGAUGAGGAGACCGAGGUGGAGAUGCAAUCAUUAACGGCCGGAGCAGUAAUAACGGACUGGAUGCGGAAAGAUACACCGUUAACCAUGAGGCAAACGAAUGGCAACGGCAAUACUCAUGACGACGUACACUCAUCGAAUGCCUACGAGCAGAAUGUUAUCGAUAAUGGCCACCACCGGCAUUUGUCCGAUGAGCAGUGGAGAAGUCUGGAGAGCUACGAGGUAGUACAGCAAGUACAACAUCAGCAACAGCUAAAGCAACACGAACAAGAGAAAGAGCAGGAAAGGGACAAAGAUCAGCAGGAAAUGAUGGUGUACAGUAAUCGGAUCGAGACGCUACCAUCACAACACCAUCAUCAGCUGUAUGAUGCUGGCGAGCAUGAGGAAAUAGUAAGUGUAGAAAGGGAGCUUCUGCAGAUAGAACAGGAGGAACUGCAGCGGCGAAGAGAGAAGCAACUCUUGUACGAGAAACUAACGAAAGCAGAUACAUCACGAAUGACCGAGCCGUCGCAUCAACCUUCACCGCACUCGAAUCAACUACAGCAGCAAUCUCAGCAACGUACACCGCAACAGCAGCAACAGCAGCAGCAGCAGCAACAACCGUACUAUUACUCGCAUCACCUGUCCCACCAACCACACCAUCACAACCUGCAUCAUCUGCAUCACCGGGCUUCCAUGCCGGCGAUCGAUAGUCGAUCGCUGCAGAACGUUAAUUCGUACGCAUCGUACGAAACUCCCUUUCUAGAUGAUGCAAACACCGGGUACGAGAUGGGCUCGUUGCACCGCGAAUCCAUGCCAAAUCUUUCGAAUGUUGCAGCAUCAUCUUCCCAUCCAUCUUCGUUGUCCUCGUACGGGGAGGAAUAUUCGGCCAAUUCGGCUACCAGCUUUGAUGGUUCGACCUGUUGGCCACCGGUAGUAGAUCACCGACCCGUACAGGGGGCAUUUUUGGACAAGCGUCCCGCAAUAGCGCCACGACCGACGAUAAAUGGUAUGCCAGAUCGUGCCUCACUCCCACCGGGCAUUGUCCGGUAUCAUGCGGCUGGCGGUGGACAACGAAUGUCCAACAAUAUGUUUGAGCAACAUCCCAAAGAUAGUAAACAAAUUACACAGCAACAGACGAUGGUGGUGAAUCGUGGUCAGGGAGGCGCUGGGCCAAAUAGCACACCGUAUGGGCAGCAUUGGCUGGUGCAGGAGGCAGAACAAAGACGCAUCGAACAGCAUCAAAAGAGCAACACGACCAACGCCAAACGGCCCUUGCCAAAGUUUGUCAUCGAUGCAAUUACUCAACGUGUUCAGAAGCUGAACGCGGGAAGCCCGGAAAAUUCGGACCGUAGCAAUUUAUCCGAAGACUCGGAUCUGGCAAUGAUAAACUCGAUGAAACAUCAUCACCAUCAUCAGUCCCCAUCAUUGCCUCCGUCCCACCACCAUCACCAUUCGCAACAUCAUCAUCAACAACAACAGCAGCAGCAGCAGCAACCUCUCCCUCCAAUUCCUUCGCAGCAGCAAAAAUAUUCCAACACAAGUGACAAAGUGUUGAGCGUGAGUGGAAAGAAAGAAUGCUCCCAUUGCCGAAUAGAGUUGGGCAAGGGUGCAGCGAUGGCCAUCGAAAGCCUGGGAUUGUUCUACCACAUCGAAUGUUUCAAGUGUUGCGUUUGUCACGUUAAGCUCGGGGACGGCACCAAUGGUAUAGAUGUACGCGUUAGAAAGUAUCGACUUCAUUGCCAAAACUGUUUCUCUAGUGAAGACGGUGUAAAGUUUAGUUGCGUUUAAGUAAGGCAGCAAAGCAAAGGGUAAACA